AUGCCAGUCUCAUUCUUUAGCGCCUCCAGUGACUCCGCUGCUGGUGGUGGGCACAGCACGGAGCCUCCAACGGAUAUGAUCCACUUAAAAGACGCGCUCGGCAUGCUGUGGUAUGCUUUUCUGCUCGCACGAGAGUCGCACCAGCAAUCGGGAUGCCAGUCGAUGUGGGGCGGCGUGAAACGCACCGAGGAGGAUGGGUCGCUCAAGAAGGAUACGGCAGCGGCUGUGGAGGGUCAGCACCGGAGCAGCGGAGAUGUCGGCGUCGACAGUGGCAGCGAGCCCAAAGGCAACACCGGCGCCUCCAUCUCACCUUCGACCUCGACCACUGCUGUCUCACCGUCAGCUGCGGCGCAGCGGGAAGACUGUGAGUUUGACAGGUGGGGGGAUGUGGACUGGACGCUGCUUGCUGCCCACGUCUACGCUCUGACGAGAGAGCUGCUCAGUGCCCGUACACUCCACCGCAUCGUCGCGGAGGAUAUUUUUAAGGGAAUGUAUAACGGCAAUCGAGAGGCGAUGUGCGCAGCGUACGCCUUGCAGCAUGCCAAGAUGCUCGCCUUUCAUGCCAAGGAGGUCCAGGAAGAGGAGGAACGGGCGGCAGUGGCGGCACGGCUUCAGACGCCGUUGACCAUCAACGCGAGCAUCCCCAGCGGCAGCAGGCUGGCAGGCACGGCCGGUGUGCUGCAAACCGCUCCUCCCGCAGGGGCCUCUUCGUCUAUCGUGGAGGUCCCUGUAGCAUGCCUUCCCUCUAUGGUUGCCAUACAAGACUCACAGUCCUCUUUGCCCACUUCGGGCAACGGCGAUGGCAGUGCCGCGCCAUCAUUGCCGUCUACGCGUUGCAACACCAGGACAUCUUCGCUGGCGCCACCCCGAGCAGCCGCCUCGUCUCUCCCUGUCAGCCCUCCUCUAAGCGAAGCUAUCUCGGACGCGCGCGUGGGCGUCUUGCUCGUGUCUGCGGGGGCAACCACUGCCACCUACGCUCCAGGCACUUCGCCAGCUCCUUUCCAAGGCGACACAGACGUCGUUGGGCGGCAUGGGGUCGGUGGGACGGAGAGGGGUGUGACGACGGACCACAUGCAGUUGGGACUACCGCCACACGCACAGCCGGGAAGCGUUGCUGGCGGUCUGCAGCGUGGCACCCUCGCCGUAGCCGGUCAGAGUGCAACCAGUUCCGGAGAGUCGCUGGGCACAGACGUAGCGUACAAGGGCGACCACGCCGUACUGCCUUCAGCAACGCACCAGUCGUUGCCGUUCGAGCCCGACCCUCUCGACGCACCGUGGUAUGCUCUCUGGUGCUCCUUGCCAUCUCAACAGGCCCGCACGCAGCUGCACCUGCUACGCUACGCCACCCCGAUCCCUCUCGAGGACUUCUCCUCGCUCCUCGAGCAGUUCUUUCUGGUGGACGGGGCAGAUGACUUCCUCUCCCCGGUGCAUGCAACUACCAUCAUGGAGUUCGCCGGCGUUCGCUCUGGCCCCUACAACACUAUCGUCCGCUCCCCGCUGAGCCUCGCUGAGGUGCGUCGCUACAUCUCCGAGAGCCACCGCCACUACGCGCGUGCAGCCGUCGCGGUACAUACCAACCACGGAGAGAGUGUUGCCAGAGUCGAGGCGCGGUCUCGGCCUUCAUCUGGCCCACCUUCACUGGACCCUGCGUCAGCACUCGGCAUGUCCUCAACACUGGAGACAUCGAAUGCUAUCGGCAGUGGCGGCUGUUUUUUGGCACCGUCGGUGGCAACCGCUACGAAGACUGAGUAUCGCGGUUUGCGGCGCGGAGGCGCUCCAUCACCAGGCGCAUUCGGCAGCGACGUCCGCUCGCUCCUGGACAGCACCGCGAGCAGUGAGAGGCGCAUUCUGACCCUAGCAGAGCUGGAGCGCAGUGUGUGGCACAUAGCGGCCAACUGCGUUGUCUUCAACGCACCAGAGUCUCGCUACCCUCGCACCGCACGGCACUUUGCGGCGUCAUGCAUCGCAAUCAUGACGCGGUACUGCGAAAAGCAACUGGCUGCCCUCUACGCCGCUUGA